AAUUAGAGAGCUGUUGUUGGGCCGUGCGUCACAAGCCACAAUAAACCCCCAACCAAAACCCUGCUGUGUUCUCCACACGUCUUGGGUUUUCCAGCCACGACAGGUAAGUUGUGUGAGCAAAGGAUAUAAUGGAUUUUCUGUUUAAAGGAAUGAAUGGAGAGACUUCUGGUUGCCCCUUUGAUGAGAAUGACAUUCAGAGAUGUCCAUUCUUGAGGAACCUAAACAAACCCACAUGCUUUUCCUUCACUUCCGUAAAUAUCCCCAUUCCUGUCCGUGGAGCCAGUGGUCCAAUAUUUGAAGAUGGUCCUAAUUUUGAUAUUGCCUUUAAGCUCUUUCAUGGGAAGGAUGGUGUUGUCCCACUGUCAGACAGAUCUUCUGAUAAUGACAUUCUGGAAGUGAAGCCUGAACUCCAGUUCAAUCCUUUAGCUGCCAAAGCUGCCACCAUAAGUCUGUCAACAUUUGGACCUGGAGGGCCUUUUAGUUUUGGUUCCUUCUCUGACAAAGCGAAAAAGCAGAACUCCAACUCAUCCAGUAAGAAGGAACCCCCUUCGCAGAAAGGAAAAUCGUCAAAACAUGAGGCAGUGGGAAAUGAUUGGUUAAAAACAGGUAACUGCCCAAUUGCCAAGUCAUAUAGAGCUGUGAGCUCUGUUUUACCACUUGUUGCAACAGCACUUCAGCCACCAGCUGGCAUGAAGCUCAAAUGUCCGCCUGCAGUAGUUGCUGCAAGGGCAGCCCUUGCCCGCACCACCUUUGUUAAAAACCUACGCCCUCAGCCCCUACCUGCAAAAAUGCUUGUCAUUGCAGCCUUAGGUAUGGCAGUCAACAUACCAUUAGGCAUGUGGAAGGAGCACACUACAAAAUUUUCCCUCUCAUGGUUUGCAGCAGUGCAUGCUGCUGUGCCCUUCAUAGCCAUGCUUAGGAAAUCAGUUCUGAUCCCCAAAACAGCCAUGGCAUUGACAAUCGCGGCAUCUAUCUUAGGACAGGUUAUUGGUUCAAGAGCUGAGAGGAUCCGGAUGAAAGCAGUGACUGAGAGACUCAGGGAGCCAGCACAGACAACAGUUGAAAGUGCUGGCUUUAGCUCAAGCCAGGUUGAUGGUACAGGCGGUCAUUGUGGUGCCGAAGGAAUGAUGUUCAAUUCUAAAGGUGUGACCGGUGCCAGACCAACUUCAACUAAUGUAUGCUUUUAAGUUUUAACAUUAGUGCAUGAGGUGAAACGAAAUAAUACAAGGAAACUCAAGUUGUCGGUGGUGAAAGAUACAAUGGUGGAGAUUUCAGCAAUUGUGUGAACUGUUUAGAUGUUGUGCAGCUGUGCUGCUUAUAUUCUGUGAAUUGUAAUUCCGUCUCAUCAUCCGCAUGUCCAGUAUCGUCGGUGGUGCAAGAUACAAGGGUGGAGACUUCAGCAAUUGUCUGAACUGUUUAAUAUUCUGUGAAUUGUAACAUGUCUCUGCCAAAAAAAGCAUUUUACUAUUGGGAAAUAAAAAUAUCCCUUGUUCCUUUCA